AUGUGGAUUGUCCAUCUUGCUAUCAACCUUUCGUUCGUUGCAAACAUUAUGUUGUUCGCUGCUAAGCUAUUUGUAGCCUUUUACUCGGGCUCAAUGGCCAUUCUAGCGUCCGCUUUUGAAAGUUUUCUUGACAUUGUUAGCAACGCAAUUAUCUUUUUCACAGUUCGGAUUAUUCGUCACAAAGACUUUUAUACUUACCCAGUUGGCAAAUCUCGCAUGGAGCCUUUGGGUAUUGUCGUAUUUGCUGUCAUCAUCACUACCUCCUUCUCCCAAGUUCUUAUAUCAUCAGUCGAACGCCUGGCCGAUCCUGAAAAGGUCGGAGAAGAGCUUGACUUGAGUUUGUCAGCUUUACUUUUGUUGGGAGCCAAUAUUGGAGUCAAGGCUAUUUUAUGGGGCUGGUGUGCUACAAUUAAAGGCAGUUCUAGUGUGGAAGCCCUUGCAUACGAUCACGAGAACGAUGUCGUGUUCAGUAUUGCUAGUACUAUAUUCCCUUUGGUUGGUAAGUGUAUUUGGGCUAAUAUGCCAUGGCUUGAUCCUCUGGGUGCAAUCAUCCUUUCUCUUUAUAUAAUCUACGAAUGGAUGUCUAUUCUCUUGGAUAACAUCAAAAAACUCACCGGACAGGCUGCAACAACUGAUGACAUCAAACAGCUAACAUAUAUGGCUUACCGCUUUUCUCACAAGAUUGUCGAGGUUGACACGGUACGUGCUUAUUAUAUUGGCGAUAGAUUGCUGGUAGAAGUAGACAUUGUAUUGCCACCCAAUUGCCCUCUCCAGGAGGCUCAUGAUGUAGGAGAGGCUCUUCAGGAUGCACUUGAAAUGAUGGAUAAUGUUGAGCGAGCCUAUGUACAUUUGGAUUAUUCAUCUCAGCAUGCUAUUGAGCAUAGACGUGCUCUGGAGACUGGAUAUGGCGAAUAAACCAACCUCUCAAUUAUACGCUUAGUAUUUAAAAAAUAAAUAUUCAUUGCAUAUGCCCU